GACAGAGACCCAGAGCCAGGGCAGCAAGAAGGCAUCUGUUGGAGCCAGUAGGACAGAACCAGCCACGAACAAGAAACUCAAUAGGAACGACAGACCCUUCAGCCACACCUGCUACAGACCCCAAGCACCCCAUCUACCAGGAGGGACCCUCGCUUCAGCCUCUUCCCUGCUGCACAACCAGCCCCCAUCCCACCUAAGGCCCAACUCCAUCCUCAUCUCUGCCUCUUCUCUUCAAAAGGAUGGCCAACGCCCAGACACAGGUGGCCUCCACACCAACCAUUCAGAUGGCAACUACAGAGGCCCCACCCCUCCCUCUGCCCCCAACCCUGGAGGAUCUGCCAAGGCCACCACCCAAGGACUCCUUCUCCAAGUUCCACCAGCAGCGGCAAGCCAGUGAGCUCCGCCGCCUCUACAGGCACAUCCACCCCGAGCUCCGCAAGAAUCUGGCCGAGGCUGUGGCGGAGGAUCUGGCUGAGGUCCUGGGCUCUGAGGAGCCCACCGAGGGUGACGUUCAGUGUAUGCGCUGGAUCUUUGAGAACUGGCGGCUGGACGCCAUUGGGGAUCAUGAGAGGCCAACUGCCAAGGAACCCGUGCCAGGUGGCGACGUCCAGGCCACCUCCCGCAAGUUUGAGGAAGGUUCUUUUGCCAACAGCACAGACCAGGAGCCAGCCGGACCCCAGCCAGCCAGAGGGGACGUGCGCACAGCUCGCUGGCUGUUUGAAACGAAGCCGCUGGAUGAGCUGACGGGCCAGGACAAGGCACCAGAAGCUACUGUUAGAGAGCAGGCAACCAGUGGAGAUGUGCAGGGAACCAGGAUGCUCUUUGAGACGCGGCCGCUGGACCGUCUGGGCUCCCGCCCCUCCGUGCAGGAGCAAAGCCCCUUGGAGCUGCGCUCAGAGAUCCAGGAGCUGAAGGGUGAUGUGAAGAAGACAGUGAAGUUGUUUCAAACAGAGCCCCUGUGUGCCAUCCAGGAUGCAGAGGGUACCAUCCAUGAGGUCAAGGCUGCAUGCCGGGAGGAGAUUCAAAGCAACGCAGUGAGGUCGGCCCGCUGGCUCUUUGAGACCCGACCUCUGGAUGCCAUCAACCAGGACCCCAGCCAGGUGCGGGUGAUCCGGGGGAUCUCCCUGGAGGAGGGGUCCCGGCCUGAUGUCAGUGCAACUCGCUGGAUCUUUGAGACACAGCCCCUGGAUGCCAUCCGGGAGAUUUUGGUAGAUGAGAAGGACUUCCAGCCAUCCCCAGACCUUGUCCCACCUGGUCCAGAUGUUCAGCAGCAGCGACAUCUGUUUGAGACCCGAGCCCUGGACACUCUGAAGGGGGAAGAGGAGGCUGAAGCAGAGGCCCCGCCCAAGGAGGAAGUGGUCCCUGGCGAUGUCCACUCCACCUUGUGGCUAUUUGAGACAAAGCCCCUGGAUGCUCUAGGAGAAAAGCUCCAAGUGGGUCACCUGCAGCGGGUGGAUCCCCAAGAGGGUGAGGGGCAUCUGUCCAGUGAUGGUUCCUCAGCACUGCCUGUCUCUCAGAGUGCCCCCCAAAAAGAUGAGCUGAAGGGGGAUGUGAAGACUUUCAAGAACCUUUUUGAGACCCUUCCCUUGGACAGCAUUGGGCAGGGUAAGGCUUCAGCCCACGGUUGUGUGAGCAGAGGAGAAGGAACUCAUUCUCCUGGGCAGUCUCAGGUCACAGGGUCCCCAGUAUAUGCAGUGCAGGAUGGCAAGGGCUGCCUCCAUGCCCUGACCUCUGUUAGCAGAGAGCAGGUAGUCGGAGGUGAUGUGCAGGGCUACAGGUGGAUGUUUGAGACACAGCCUCUAGACCAACUGGGCCGGAGCCCCAGUACCAUCGAUGUGGUGCGGGGCAUCACCCGGCAGGAAGUAGUGGCUGGGGAUGUUGGCACUACUCGGUGGCUCUUUGAGACCCAGCCCCUGGAGGUGAUCCACCAGCGGGAGCAGCAAGAAAGACAGGAAGAAGAAGGGAAGAGUCAGGGAAGCCCUCAGCCUGAGGCACCCCCAAAGGGCGAUGUACAGACCAUCCGGUGGUUGUUUGAGACUUGCCCCAUGAGUGAGCUGGGGGAAAAGCAGGGAUCAGAGGAAACAGAUCCCACAACCAAGGAUAAGGCACAGUCCUGCACCUGGAUGUUCCAGCCCCAAGCCCUGGACAGGCCAGAGGGCUCCAGGGAGCAGCACCUGCAGGUUAGCCAGGUCCAGGCUGGAGAAAGACAGACAGACAGACAUGUGUUUGAGAUUGAGCCUCCUCAGACCUCAGGCCGUCCCUGUGGAAGAGGGCCUGUACGAUACCGCAGCCGGGUGGAGAUUCCUUCAGGGCAGGUGUCUCGUCAGAAGGAGGUUUUCCAGGCCCUGGAGGCAGGCAAGAGGGAAGAGCAGGGGUCCCGGGUAACCCCUGGGUCCAUCCCUGAGGGUUCUGUGCACAAGUUCACCUGGCUCUUUGAGAAUUGCCCCAUGGGCUCCCUGGCAGCUGAGAGCGUCCGAGGGGGCAACUUCCAGGAGGAGCAGCCAGAGAGCCCCUCAGGCAACAGGAUGGUAGAGAGGCAGGAGACUGCAACUGAGGGGACCCUGAGGACUCUUUAUGCCACACCUGGCAUUCUGCACCAUGGAGGCAUCCUCAUGGAGGCCCGAGGGCCAGGGGAGCUCUGCCUCGCCAAGUAUGUGCUCCCAGGUGCUGGGCAAGGGCGCCCCUACAUACGGAAGGAGGAGCUGGUGUCUGGCGAACUUCCCAGGAUCGUCCGCCAAGUGCUGCACCGUCCAGACGUGGACCAGCAGGGGCUGCUGGUACAGGAAGACCCAACCAGCCGGCUCUGGCUCAAGCCGCUGAGGCUGCCAGCUCCAAGCAGCAGUGGGAGUAUUGAAGACAUGGACCCUGAGCUCCAGCAGCUGCUGGCUUGUGGUCUAGGGGCCUCUGUGGCGAGAACUGGGCUGGUGAUGCAGGAGACAGAGCAGGGCCUGGUGGCGCUGACUGCCUACUCCCUGCAGCCCCGGCUAACCAGCAAGGCCACAGAGAGGAGCAGCGUGCAGCUGCUAGCCAGUUGCAUAGACAAAGGAGACCUGAGUGGCCUGCACAGUCUACGGUGGGAGCCACCAGCUGAUGCAAGUCCAGCGCCAGCCAGUGAGGGAGCCCAAAGGCUGCCUGCCACUGAGAGCAUCAUCCAUGUUCCUCCACUGGACCCUAGCAUGAAGAUGGGACAAAUGAGAGUCCCAGGCGCCACCCCCUGCCCACCUCGGGCCAUUGGAAAGGCAGUGCCUCUGACAGUGGAAGCUGCAGCCCCAGCCCGAUUGCAGGACACAGAAAGGCAAGAAGACCGUCAUACCACGCAGAAAGGGAUGGCAACCUUGGGAAAGUCAGAAGGAGCCACGUCUACCCUUCCAGGACCUGGGGCCCCAAACCUCCUAGCUGCCAUGCAGAGUCUGCGGAUGGCAACCGCCGAGGCCCAGAGCCUGCACCAGCAAGUUCUGAACAGGCACAAGCAGGGCCCCACCCCAGCUGCCAGUUUCAUGCCCAGCCAGGAUGGUCUUCUGCAAGCACCAGCCACAGCCACUGGGGCUACCCAGAACAGCACCAGGCCUGUGGGUGGAGGUGACCCCAGGAUCCCAGCAGCCCCUAGAAAGCUGCUGUGACAGGACCUGACUUCCCAGCUCAAGCCCACCAUGAUGAAGACUCCAUCCAGCAAGCCUCUGAAUCCCUGAAGGAUGCCCUUCUUCACUCUCAUAGCAGCCCUACUGGCCAAAGAACUCUUAGGUCACAGACAAAGACUCCAAAACUGGAGACCACCAUGCCCCCAAGGAAGAAGCCCCAGCUGCCCCCCAAACCUGCACACCUAACCCAGAGCCACCAUCCUCAGAAGCUGCCCAAGCCCUCAGCUCUAUCUCCCGGCUUCUCCUCAGAGGUAGGACAAGGAGAACACAAACGAGGUGAGACAGAUGCAGCCAUCCCUCGGCCAGUCAAGCUUCCCUCCACUGUAUGCCAGGACCACAUACCUCUAACCAGAUGCCCCAGUGGACAAAGCCGACCCUGCCCCCAACAUGGCCUCAGCACCAUAGCCCCCAUGCCCACUAAGAGUCAGGCUGCAGGCAGCAAUGCCCAGAGCUCUAAGCCCCCCAAACUCAGUGCUCUCAACAGCGGCCCCACCUCAUCGUAUCAGGGGCCCAUGCCCCAAGGACAGCAGCCCAUGGAAGGUUUCCAGCAGGGGGAUCCUGAGAACCCUAAGAUUCUGCAGGGAAGUCAGCAAGAGCUCCAGGGCCUCUUGAGCCAAGUACAAGCCCUGGAGAAGGAAGCUGCCAGCAGUGUGGAUGUGCGAGCCCUGAGGAAGCUCUUUGAGGCUGUGCCCCAACUGGAAGAGGCUGUCCCUCAGGCUCCUGCUAUUCCCCAAAAGCCCGAGGCCUCGGUGCAACUGGCCUUUGGGGAGCUGACACGGGUCAGCACAGAGGUUGCCCAGUUGAAGAAACAGACCCUGGCCAGGUUGCUGGACAUUGAAGAGGCAGUACACAAGGCCCUCAGCUCCAUGUCUAGCCUCCAGUCUGAGGCCAGUGCCAGAGGCCAUUCUCAGGGACCCUCAAAGGAUCACAGUGUCCCCAAGGUCAGUGUUACAGUCAGCAGUAGUGCCAGACCCAGUUGCUCAGGUCAAGAAGUCGGAGGUCAAACUGCCAUCAAGAGCCAAGCCAAGGUUGGGUGCCACACUGCAGCCCAGAGUCAAGACACCGUCAGAAAUCACACAGAGGCCAGAGGUCAAGCAGACUCAACUGCCCCUCCCAUCAGAAGACUGGAGUCAUCAAGACAGGAUCUGGGCCUCCCUCGAGUCUUGCCUUCCAGCAGAGAUUCACCCUCCUCCCCAACAUUCAUCUCCAUCCAGUCGGCCACAAGGAAGCUUCCGGAAGCUUCCAGCCCAAAGGGCAACCCUGACGUCUCAGUGAAAAGCACACACCUGGCUCAGGACAUGGGUCAGGCCCCAGUCCAUCAGAAAGGUAUCCAGGACAAGGCUAGGAAGGAGGCCACCCAGUGCUCUGAGGAGCCCAACCCUGCCUCCGCCUCCGCCAGGCCUCCAUCCACAGGGCGGCAAAAGAGUGUUCUGGAGCUGCAGACAGGGCCAAGUGGCCCCCAGCGCUAUGGAGCCACAAGAACUGUGACUGAGCAGUACGAGGAGGUGGACCAGUUUGGGAACACGGUCCUCAUGUCCUCCACCACGGUCACCGAGCAGGCAGAGCCGCCCAGGGGCCCAGGCCCCCACCUCGGGCUCCAUGCCUCCCCAUUGCUGAGGCCAUUCCUGCACAGCCCAGCCGGCUUCACCAGUGGCCUGGCAGAAGCUGAGGUGCCCUGUGGCUACUCCCAGCCAGCUGCCCAGUGAGACCCUCUCCCUCUCACCACAGCCUCCCACCCGUCGCUGAGGUGCCUCCCUCCACGGCCCCAGGACUGAGAUGGGUGAGGCAAGGACCAAGAAGAAAGGGCAUCUUCAGAGGAUUGUUGUGGGCCAUGCCCCUUUUGCCGGUUCCAUCAGUAGGCCCAGUUCUUGCAAAAGGGGGAAGAGAGGCCGGGAAGAGGCCCACUGAGUAGCACAGUCGUGGGGGUAGGAGACUCCCAGCUGCUUGUGGAGGAUGUAAUACGUACAGACGCACACAUGCUUCUCACACCAGCCUGGCCCACGCGUGGACACGUAUGAAUCUGCACGCCACUGCCUGAGUUGGAGCCCCCCUGAAUGUCCCUCCACUCUCACUCAGCCUUUCUUUCUUUUAUUAGUCUGAAUGUUCUCAGCCAUCUGCUCCUUAAUCCCCAGAGAGGAACAGGGCCAACUGGACACAACACUGGUCUCUGUUUGGGACUGGUGUGGGGGCUCCAGGAGGGCUUGGCCGCCAGCCCCUUCAUCACCAUCUCCAUCAUGCAGCUGGUCAUCCUGUUGGCCCUAAGGUCACACCAAAAGAGUCAAUAAUCGGCGAUGUCCCUCAAAGCCAAAUGCACUGCCUUUCUCUGCAGCCCCCAACUGCCCCUACUCUGCAUCCCAAAUGGGAAGGAUACAGUCUGAAUAAACCCAAGUUUUAUUCUCUGCUCUG